AUGUCUGUGGUCGGUAUUGAUUUCGGUGCUCAGAGCACCAAAAUCGGUGUGGCCCGCAAUAAGGGUAUCGAUAUCAUUACCAAUGAGGUCUCCAACAGAUCUACGCCGAGCCUGGUUGGAUUCGGCCCCAAGAGCAGAUAUCUAGGCGAAGCCGCAAAGACACAAGAAGUUUCCAACCUCAAGAACACCGUCGGCAGUCUCAAGCGUCUCAUCGGUCGCAGCUUGUCCGACCCGGAUGUGCAGGCCGAGAAGGAAUACAACACCGCAACUUUCUGCGAGGUAGAGGGCCAGGUCGGUGUGGAGGUCAGCUACCUCGGAAAGAAGGACAAGUUCAGCGCUACGCAACUGGUUGCUAUGUACUUGGACAAGAUUAAGCAGACAGCUUCGAAAGAGAUCAAGUUGGGUGUCUCGGACGUGGUUAUCAGCGUUCCUGCCUGGUUCACAGACUCGCAACGACGAGCCAUGUUGGAUGCCGCCGAUAUUGCCGGUCUCAAAGCUCUCCGAUUGAUCAACGACACCACCGCUAUCGCUCUCGGUUACGGUAUCACCAAGUUGGAUCUCCCCGGUCCCGAGGAGCAGCCUCGCCGUGUCGCUUUCGUCGAUAUUGGUCACAGCAACUACACCGUCUCGAUUGUGGAGUUCCGCAAGGGAGAGCUUAAUGUCAAGUCCACUGCAUGGGACCGUAACUUUGGUGGUCGUAACUUUGACAAGGCGCUCACCGACCACUUCGCCGAUGAGUUCAAGGAAAAGUUUAAAAUCGACAUCCGCUCCAACCCCAAGGCUUGGGCGCGUACAUUGACUGCCGCUGAGAAGUUGAAGAAGGUUCUUUCCGCCAACGCCCAGGCCCCUCUCAACAUCGAGUCUUUGAUGGACGACAUUGACGUUCGUACCAUGGUGAAGCGUGAGGAGAUGCAAGAAAUGGUUAAGCCUCUCUUGGAACGAAUUUCAGUUCCUUUGGAGCAGGCGCUCGCCGAAGCCAAGCUCACGCCUGAAGAUAUUGACAGCAUUGAGAUGGUUGGUGGCUGCACACGUGUUCCUGCUAUCAAGGAGGCCGUUGCCAACUUCUUCGGAAAGCCCCUUUCUUUCACUCUUAACCAAGACGAGGCUGUUGCUCGUGGUUGCACAUUCAGCUGCGCUAUCUUGUCUCCUGUCUUCCGUGUGCGUGACUUUUCCGUGCACGACAUUGUCAACUACCCGAUUGAGUUCACCUGGGAACAAUCCCCCGAGAUCCCAGAUGAGGACACCAGCCUGACUGUCUUCAACAAGGGCAACGUCUUGCCUUCUACCAAGAUUCUUACUUUCUAUCGUCGACAGCCUUUUGAUUUGGAGGCUCGCUACGUCAAGCCCGAGGGUCUUCCAGGAAAGAUCAACCCGUGGAUUGGCCGAUUCUCUGUCAAAGGUGUCCAGGCUCAGGCCGACAACGACUUUAUGAUUUGCAAGCUCAAGGCUCGUCUUAACUUGCACGGUAUUCUCAACGUCGAGUCCGGGUACUAUGUUGAGGACAUCGAGGUUGAAGAGCCUGUUGAGGAGGGUGAGAAGAAGGAUGGCGAUUCUAUGGAUACCGAUGCUGCUGAUGGCGAAAAGAAGACCCGCAAGGUCAAGAAGCAGGUCCGCAAGGGUGAUCUCCCUAUCUCCGCCGGCACAACUGGUCUCGACGAGGCGACCAAGGCUGCCUGGACCGAGAAGGAGAAUGCCAUGACUAUGGAAGACAAGCUUGUUGCCGACACCGACGAGAAGAAGAACGAGCUUGAAUCUUACAUCUACGAGCUCCGUGACAAGAUUGAGACCACCUAUGAAGAGUUCUCCAGUGAGGAAGAGAAGGAGAAGUUGCGCGCCAAGUUGACCGAAGCUGAGGAUUGGCUCUACGAAGAAGGUGAAGACACCACCAAGGCCAUCUACGUCUCGAAGAUGGAGGAGAUCCGAUUCAUCGCCGGACCCAUCAUCCAGCGAUACAUGGAUAAGGUCGAGAACGAGCGCCUGUCCAAACUCCAGGCCCAACAAGAAGAAGCCGCCAAGCGAAAAGCAGCGGAGGAUUCCAAGAAGGCCGCUGAAGGACAAACCCCUGACGCGGAGAUGAAAGAUGCCCCAGCUGAGGGUGAAGCCAAGAGUGACCUCGAUUAA